UUUUCACCCAACCUGUUCAAAUCCGCAAAAAUCAUCCCGUCCUGUCCUGCUAAGAUGACUCCUAAUGAAAGUUCCGAGACCACUCCGCAUCUUGACCCGCCAUACGACAUUGUCAGCUUUUGGUGUGGUGAUAAAGAUAGAACUGAAAUGACUGUGAUGUGCUACAAUAGGCGCUUUGAUAUUCGAGCCCUAGCCAAAAACAUGGAGCAGUGUCCAGCAAUCAAACAUGAAUUUUUGGAUUUGAUAAAGGACCUUUUGUGUAUGGAUAAUGAUGACUUCCAGUUUAUACCUGGCCAACCAGACCCAAUGGAGGAGAUGUGCUACUGGAUGGCAAAGGCUUGUUUUGCACACUUCCAUAUCCUGGCACCUUGUCCAACUGAGCCGCGGAUAAUAACCUUAGAGGAAUAUUACAUGACACCAGCAAUUCAUUUGACCAUAACAGUUGAUGAUGGCAAAUUAACUGCAAUCCAAUCCUCACACAAACCCAAACCAGAUGACCUUAUGCCCCGAACCUGCCUUUCAUCAUCAUAUACUGCUAUGGCUGCUAGCAUUCCUCUACUUGAUCCUUCGAAGGUGAAAUUACCCUGGGAUUCAAAAAAUGAAAGACCACUACGACCUUCAAAAGUGCUUGUGGGUAAUAAGAAGCAAUUUUUCAAACCAGCUUAUCGAGAGCUAUUACAACAUACUGAACGCGAAAUCAAGACACUGCUCCACCUACAUCAGUCAGGGCUAAAUGACAAAAUCCGAGUACCUAAAAUUCACGCUUUUGUUUCAUCUGGAAAUAAGAGCAAUAUGGAAAUUUGUGAUAUCCUCAUCACCUAUAUCAAGUUUCGCUGCACAUUGGCUUCUCAAGAUAAUAUCCAAAAGGCAGCACCAAAUCUACAAGAAACAUGGAUUCAUCAGUUGAAAGAGAUGGUCAAUGAGUUUCACAAAGCUGGAAUUAUCUGGGGAGAUGUUAAACCAGGAAAUGUUCUCAUUGAUAUGGAUAACAACCUAUGGAUUAUAGAUUUUGGGGGAUCUUACACACCAGGCUGGGUUAAUGAAGAGUUGAUGGAAACAGUGGAAGGGGAUUUGCAAGGACUAUCAAAGAUCAUAAGUUUUAUUAAUGACAGGGAGAUAGAGACUAAGUAAUCCAUUCUUAUGGUGGAUGUGCAAUCAGUCAUCUGGAGCUUCUUUUGUAUUUUUCAUCAAUAGCAGUUUCAAUUGUUGCCGGUGUAUUUCCCCAAAGGAAGCGGGCGAACAUCCUGCGUUUUAUUUGCGCCGUCGUAGCCAGAUGCAGACUUCCCUUGUGGACGCCAUGCCAUGCCCAUGUGGUCUAUCGGUUGCUGUCCAUCUCUACGCUUGUUGUCACCCAUACGUGUCAUACCUAUUGCAAUUGUGAGCUACAGGGAAUGCACAGUGGACACAUCCUGAGCUAUCAAAUGGCUUCUUUUCUAUCAUAGAGCCUAUCAGUUCUUAAUUAUUGCUUGUAUCAAAAGGUCGAUGCGUUGUCAGACAUUGGGGAGAUAGCAAAAUGAGAGCCGAUUACCGCAC